UCGGCGCUUGCGGCGGCUCUGCCCUUGCCUCGCUACACUGCCACAGUCGAGGAUGCGACGGCGGAAGACGAUGAAUAUGAACAACGGCAUCAACAGCAAGUGACUGUGCAGUCUUCGGUGCCUCCCUAUGGCAAGAGGAGAGGCUGGAGACCAAAGGACCAAGGCGAUUUUGGUGAUGGAGGAGCUUACCCGGAGUGUCAUAUCGCUCAGUACCCAUUGGACAUGGGUCGAAAGAAGGCGGGCACCAGCGGAGGAGCAUUGGCUCUGCAAGUAGACGCGGAUGGGAACGUGCGAUACGAUGCCAUCGUCCAACAGGGCCGCAGAGAAGGUCAAAGGGUUCAGUCACAGCAUAAGGACCUUGUGCCUCUCAGUCAGCGCUCAGACUCAAAGAAGGCGUCGGAUCUGCUCCCGGACAGACCGGAUCAGGAUGCCGUUGCCGAAUGUACGCAAAGGACACGGAUAGCGCUCGAGAAGAUCAUCAAUGGCAAGAUCAAGACUGCGCAACAGACGAACGUUGAAAAUACGGGGCCCAGCAGCUCGUACAUUCGUUAUACGCCAGGGCAGCAAGGGGCAAGCGGCCAACAACGCAUCAUCAAGAUGACCGAUGCUGCAGAGGAUCCUCUCGAGCCCCCGCGCUGGAAGUUUAAAAAGGUGCCAAAGGGUCCCCCGAGCCCUCCGCCUCCGGUCCUGCGAUCGCCACCUCGCAAGGUCACCGCCCAGGAGCAGAAGGAAUGGAUGGUACCUCCUUCGAUCUCAAAUUGGAAGAACAACAAGGGUUUCACCAUUCCGCUCGACAAACGGUUGGCUGCUGAUGGUAGGGGUCUGCAAGACGUACAUAUCAAUGAUGGCUUUGCCCAAUUCUCAGAGGCUCUAGUUCUAGCCGAGAGGCAUGCGCGAGAAGAAGUCAGGCAGCGGUCGCUUAUGCAACAAAAGUUGGCUGCGAAAGAGAAGGCGAGCAGGGAAGACCAUCUACGGCAGCUCGCUCAAAGGGCCAGAGAAGAGAGGAGUGGCCUUGGUUCCUCUGCCACGCCUUCUUUGGCUGGCGGCGAUGAUCGGGAAAGUGGUGUCGAGGAUGACCGGCUUGACGAUCGGGUGGACAUCAGGGCUCCGCAAUUCGAGGCUGAAAGGUCACCUUCAUCCGCGAGCGAGGGAAGUGGGUCCGAGUCAGAAGACGAGGAGGAUGCUAGGGAACGGGAUCGUCUGCGGGCCGAAAGGCGACGCGAACGGGAGAGAGAUCUGCGGAUGUCAAGCAUGGGCACGGAGCAGCGGGCGAAGAUGCUGGCUCGCGAACAGAACCGCGAUAUUUCUGAGAAGGUUGCACUUGGACUUGCCAAGCCAUCCUCCAAGGGCGGCGAGGUAGACAGCCGUCUGUUCAAUCAGGACAAGCUCAACUCGACCUAUGGCGACGAAGACAGCUACAAUUUAUACGACAAGCCUCUGCUUCAAGGGUCAAGUGCUGCACAAGCCAUCUACUCGCGACCGACUCAAGGUGGCUCCGACGAAGCGUACGGUGGCGGUACAGCCGAAGGGGUCAGCGACGAGUUGGCCCGCAAUGACCGCUUUGGCCUCGGCAGAGGGAAGGCCUUCCAGGGAGCUGACUAUCAAGAGGCCAGGUCCGGACCGGUCCAAUUCGAGCGCGAUACCCAGGCGGAUGGCUCAGCCACUCAGACGAUCAACGACCCCUUUGCGAUUGAUCAGUUCCUGGACGAGGCCAAGAGGGGA